CUUCUUCCGAAAAAAGUGAUGUUUCAUGGCGCUUCGGCAGACAUUGCCUGACGAUUCAACUAAUUAUCAUAUGCGUGUUUAGUAAGAUGCUUCUUUAGGCAAUGAAUCAAUCCAGGGGCGUGUAACCCCCGCCCUUGUUGAAGCUUCCUAAUCAUUCAUAUACUAGUAUUUGGUGGAACACAUGGACGUAUGAACAUUACUAAAUCAUUUUUAUGGUACAUUUUCAGAAAUAAAUUAUCCGUUCACCAAACGUAACAAGUUAUCCAUGUCAAACAGGCCAGAUACUUUCAAUAUUUUUUUCCCAGAAUAAUGCCUUAUAGCCUAUUGUUAGUAUUUAAACGAGGAAUCAAAUAUCUAUAUUCUAAUAUAACGUGGUACCGGAUGCACCACAUGUAUAUGGACUUUAAAUACACCAUUUUAAAAAGUUAUAUAUAUUUCAAAUACAGAAAAUAGAAAGUUAUGCAUGAUUACAAAUUUAUGCCUUCAGUUAUGGCUUUGACCCUACAAUGUCAGGGCAAUGGAGGUCGAAUGAAGGAAACUUGUGACAUUAGAGUUACGUCCCCUUCACAGAACGCGCCAUAUACGAUUGGAUACAAGCUUUGGAAGAUUGGGUCAUUUGACAGCGUUUUGCAGAGCAUCCUUACUUAGUACUGGCUCAGCACGAGUGUGGCGAUGCCAGGUCAGGUGUUUCAGGUGGUCCAGUGCUACAGCUGCCACACCUUCCAGGUGCAACAGAGAAAGAAGGUCAACAAGUGGGUCUGCAAGAUGUGCGGAGAGAAACAGUCCAUCAAAAAAGUGUACGGAGAAGGCAGUGGUGCUGACUGCCGAGUUCACGUACAGAAGCUGAACACCUUGAGAGGGGAGUUGGACCACAGUCAGCAGUUGGUCAUGCAUCACCCUGCACACAGGGAGCCUGAGCUGGGUCACACUGACCUAGGUCACUCUGACCUGCAGUACAGGCAAGAUAACCAGCUGACAUCACGGUGGGGUCAGUUCAUGGAUGAUGAUGCCACAAACACUGAGGAGGGGGUGUUGAUGAUGACCAUGAUGACAACGAUCGUUGGACAACAGACCAGCAGAUGUACAAAGAGUCAAUGAAGCGAAGCAUAAAGAGGAAAAAAUCACAGUCAGGAAACUUCAGCAGUCAGCACAGUUUCAAGGGAGAUAAUCCAUUCCCUUCUACCUACACAAGCCAUGUUGCCUGCAGCUGGGAUGACUACAACUCACACACCGAACACAGAGGGAGAGAAAAUGUCACAGGUGAUGAACCAUAUCACGAGUACCAGUCAACUGAUGGCAACAACUGUCAUCUACAGCUGCCUGAUCAGAGACUUCAGAACAGCACCUGUAACAUUGCUGGAGUAUGUUCUGAAUCAGUUAAGAAUUUGAAGCCUUCCAUUCAAAAGAAACAGAAAACAUCAAAUCAAAAUGUUGCAGUAAAUAGCAAAUGGUCAAGUUUUAUUGACAAGGAAGAAAGUGAUGAUUCUGAUUGCUCAGAAAGUACAAUGAGGUUAGGAAAGUCAGAAUUUAAUCUUGAGUAUGACAGUUUAAGUUCACUGGCAGAUGGUCAGGGAGCAUCUAGUAAGUGGUCAGAGUUUGUAGAUGGUGUUCCUUCAGAGUCAUCCUUGUCACAAGAGCACUCUAGUAAUACAGAGGCUGCUAAUUCAACAUUAAGAAGUUAUGCUAACAUGAGUAGUGCCAGUAUGACCUGUUACCAUGGUGAUGAUGUGAUUGGUCAGUCCAGGCACAGGAAGUUGUCACAAGGACACAGUAAUGGACAAAUAUGGUCGUUGAAAAACGGUGACAAUAACGGAGGUGGACCAGGACAUCAAAGGGCAACCACUGACUUGGACAGAUGUGGGCUUGGACAUGUUGAAGGAAAAGAAAACAGUCCCCACAUACAAACUUAUUCAAUAUUUUCUGUUGGAGAUGUGGAUGAUGCUGAUUUAGAAUUAGACUUUUGAAAAAUUAAAGACUACAAAUAUAAUACUGAUAGGUUUAUAAACAAUGUAGUGAUUCUGAAUACGUGAAUAAUUAAUUUUUAGGAACAAGGGUACCUGAGUUACAAAGCAAUUAUAUACUGAACAUCAUUGAAAACGCACCACUUAUAAAAGUUCAGAUUAUUAAAAGCAUGUGUAAGGAAUUGAUAUUUUUUGAGUGGAUAAUAACAG